CUCGCGUGCACAAUCUCGUCAAUCCUUCCCACUCAUCAGCUCAACGUUGCAUUCGUAAGCCUGUGACUGCCUUGACAGCCGUGCGCGGCUCAGAUUCCAGUACACAUAUAAAUUGUCGCAGUACUCCUGCAUCAUUGGACACGAUAACAUCCUGCAUGAUUGUCGAACAUUGACUCUGUCAACAUCCAUCCAUAGAACAUCAUACCUGGAGCACUCUGCUAAGAUUGUUACACUUUGGUCAUACACUCGCCUUCUUGAGUGCAGCAUCUCAGUCAUGUCUGGCAUAGACAAAGCGUCGAAUCUGGUGGUGUCAGCCAUCAAUACCAUACACCCACCGCCACACGCAAACCCUCAUGCUUCCGAAACCACGCCUCUACUGGCAGCGUCCUCAGAAAAUCCCAUCACCCAAGCCGAUUCGGAAACACUAGAAAUCAACAAGAUCAAUGGCGCAAACACUGUCGAAGAUGACCCAAAUGAUGAAGAUGAAGAUAAGCCAUUUCCUGUUGGUCAAAUUAUUCUUCUGUGCUAUGGACGACUUGUGGAGCCGAUUGCGUUUUUCUCCAUCUUUCCCUUUAUUAAUCAGAUGAUUUUUGAGGUUGGAGGUGUCAAGGAGGAAGAUGUUGGCUUUUACAGUGGAUUGAUUGAGUCGCUUUUCUCCCUCACGCAGAUGAUAUUCAUGAUCUCUUGGGGUCGUGCAGCAGAUCGAUAUGGUCGCAAGCCUGUUCUCGUGUACUCUAUCAUCGGUGUCUCUAUCAUGACCGUCUUGUUUGGCUUCAGUAGAACUAUCUGGCAGAUGGUCUUGUUCCGCUGCAUGGCCGGAGUCUUCUCUGGCACGAUUGUCACUGUCAGGACUAUGCUCUCGGAGAAUUCCACCUACAAGACACAGGCGAAGGCAUUCAGUUGGUUUGCAUUUGCCGGCAAUAUCGGCAUCUUCCUUGGACCUGUCAUUGGUGGUGCUCUAGCUACUCCCGCGACCCAGUAUCCUCGUGUAUUUGGAGGCGUCUGGUUCUUCGAGGAGUUCCCCUAUGCACUUCCCUUGAUCGUUGCCAGCUUCUUCGGGUUCAGUGCCGCUCUGAUCUCGGCCAUCUAUCUCAAUGAGACUCUGGAAUCCGCGAAAGACAAUAGUGGAAAGCCUACGGAGCCACCCAUGUCGACUUUGGAGUUGAUGAAACAGCCCGGUGUUGGAUUCACUCUCUUCCUUUGGUGUUUCGUCUCACUUCAGGGGCUUGCAAACACUGCCGUCCUUCCUGUCUUCUGGUACACGAGUGUCCCUCUUGGUGGCUAUGGCUUCUCUCCACUUCAAAUCUCACUCUUCCUCGGACUCGCUGGCAUCUCUCAAGCCUUCUGGUUGCUAUUUAUCUUCCCGCCGAUGCAACGCCGUUUCAACACUGGCGGUGUGUUGAGAUACUGCGGAUUCAUUUUCCCCAUCGGCUGUGUCAGCAACCCACUCUUGCAAUACGCACGUAGACAAGGAGUCAAGACGGCCUUCUAUGUCAUACUGCCCAUCAUUAUGUUCAUCGGCAGCAGUGCUAGUAUGGCAUUUACUUGUGUCCAGCUAUGCGUCAACAACGUUUCGCCUUCUCCCGCUGUGUUGGGCACGAUGAACGCUGUCGCUUUAAGUAUGGUUGCUGGUAUCCGCGCGGUAGCCCCAGGAUUGUUCGCCAGUCUGUACGCUACUAGCGUCAAGACGCAGAUUUUCCAUGGAUAUCUGGUGUGGGUGGUUAUGUUUACCAUGACUUUGAUAUUGUUUGUGACAAUUAGAUAUCUGCCUGCGGAGGCUGUUGGAAGGAUCGAAAAGCAUGGAGACGACGAGGAAAACGCUUAGAGCUUGGUAUAUAGAUGUACACAGUAGACUGGAGUUACGGAUGUCUUAGCAUAGUCUGUCAAAUGAUAUGAAAAGUACCUUACG